ACAUGAUGUCAUGUACAUGAAAAAGCCAAGAAGUAGUUAAGAAGGCGGCUUGUAACUCUGGAAAGAGUGGGUGAACCUCUAAGGCGCAGAGAGCAGACGCACGCGGGUGAUAUUUUGGACACACGGCAACGGCACCAUGGUGCAGAAAACGGACAACAGCGAAACGGACAGCAUGUCCAGAGAAGCCACAGACUCCGACGAAAGUGAAUUCAUGGUCUCGAUAAACCCAGACUGGUGCAAGACAGCGACCGGACACAUAAAACGACCGAUGAACGCGUUUAUGGUGUGGUCUAAAAUCGAGCGGAGAAAGAUCAUGGAGCAAUCUCCAGACAUGCACAACGCCGAGAUCUCCAAACGCUUGGGCAAGCGCUGGAAAAUGCUAAAGGACAGCGAAAAGAUACCUUUCAUCAGGGAAGCCGAAAGACUCCGGUUGAAACACAUGGCUGAUUAUCCUGACUACAAAUACAGACCCAAGAAGAAACCAAAGCUGGACAGUUCCUCCAAACUCUCAGCCCCAUCUCCAGAGAAGUCCUGCAACAAAAUGUCCAAGACCUCCAAGAAAUGUCCCAAACUGAAAACGAACAAGACGGGAAGCAAAUCAUCUCACUGCUACGGAGAUGAGUACGCGUUUAAGAGCAUGAAAGUUUCAAAGACUGUCAUUAAAAGCGAAUUCACGGAUGAAGACGACGACAUCGACUCCGAGGAGGACUCUCGGGUCAGAGUGAAAGAGGAGGAAGAGGAUCCGAUCCCCGUCUACAAUGUAGCAAAAGUUCCCGCCAGCCCAACUUUGAGCUCGUCUACAGAGUCCGAGGGCGCCAGCAUGUACGAGGAGGUCCGGAACAACAGACUCUUCUACAACUUCAAAAACAUAACCAAGCAGAGCACAAUGUAUCCCGCAUCUGUCUCACCAGCAUCCUCUAGGUCAGUUUCCACGUCUUCCAGCUCUAGCGAAGACGCGGACGACUUGCUUGUUGACUUCAGUUUGAACUUCGCCUCCUCCGCGCAAAGCUCGGAGCUGGGCAACCCGAACCCAGGGAAUCUCUCCCUCUCUCUGGUGGAUAAGGAGUUGGAGUCUUUUAGCGAGGGAAGCCUGGCUCCCACUUUGAAUUUCCAGACUAUUGCACGCCUGAGCUCAGCGAAAUGAUAGCCGGGGACUGGCUUGAAGCGAACUUUUCUGACUUGGUUUUUACAUACUAAAUAAGACAAGUCCCAAGUAAUAACACACGGGAGAGGUAUAAUGCUCUGUUCUGUACGUAUUUCUUUCCCCUGCCUUCCUCUGGUGGUCCACCUAUAGGGGCUUUGGGAAGGAGGCGAGUAUGGCAAGCCUCUUAAACAUUUACUUCUUUAAACUAUUUAGUAUCUAUGCUUCUGUUGUUAGUAUCAAUUAUUUCAUUACGAGUGAGUAAUCCAAAUGUGACUAGUGUUUAUUUCUUUUUUAGUUUCUAGUACUUAUUCAUGUGCUGCUUUUCACUAUUCCAGUACUAACAUUUCUUACCUCACUUGUUACACUAGUUUAUGUGGCAUACGUAUUCAGAAUAGCUUCUUUUAAUUCAAUUCAAAAUGCUAACAGUUAAAAUAAACACAAGUGUCUAACAAAUAGGAACUAGUGUAUUUUCAAUGUUUUUUUUAAUACUAGGAAAACUGGAAUAUUCACACAAUAAAAAGUACUGUACUUAAUAAAAAAAAAUAGUAGGAAAUGAAAAAGUAUUAUUAAUAAAUACAAUUAUUGAAUGAAUAGUUGUGAAAUAGAUACUAGUCAGUAUUGGAUUACUUACUAGUAAUUAAAUAAGUACUAGCAACAAAAAAAUAAGAUACUGGUUACUUUAAAGGAAUAAAUGUUAAAAUGGCUUGCCAUAGGUGGGGAGAGGUUUGAGGAGUUAGAUGCUCAUGAAGCUGGUACUGUAGCAAAAAAAGAAAAAAGUCUGCAGACGUUUUUUUUCUGGCAGCAUGACAGGGUUUUAUGGAUUUUCUGUAGGUCUACAAUUACUGUUCAACUAAAGCGGACCACAAAGGGAAAAUCUGAGAACUUCUAUGCAUCUUAUACCCUCUUUCUAACUGCAGGGAGCUGAAAAUGUAAAGACUGUGGACUGACUCAAAGCAAAUCUGUGAACUAAUAUUGUUCAGGACGUUUCUUUCAAACGUUUAGUCAUUUCUAAAUGCCGGAACUUUUACUCUUUUUUUUUUUCUCUCUCUCUCUCUCUUUUUUUUUUUUUUUUUUACUGAUUCUGUUUACCUACUGGUUUGAAACUUAAGCAGCCUACACCUCCUUAGAGUUGCAGGUGUUAGAGGAAGCAUUUUGAUACAUAACAGACCUCAUCUUUUUAAAAGAAAGCAAACUAUUUUCAGGCAUAUUUUUGUACAGUUAAAAAGGGAAUGUUCUUACUGGGCACUCAGUGAGUUUCAGGCACUUCUUCCCUUUAUCAUUUGUUUUAAGCAUGCAAGGGAGUCCUGGUUUAAGGAUUAAGUUUAAAUUAAAACUUGCAUCAAAAUGCCUUGUGAUUUUAAACUAGGUUUUGUACAGCUGUAGAUCAAAUUUGUUGAGUAUUUGUAGGACAUAUGGCAUUGGGGAGGGGGGAGAUGCAUACCUCAGUGCUGGUAUUAGUUUCAAGAUUGUAUAUGUACUGUAAAAUAGUAAAGUUAGGAGUUUAUGUAUAUCAUACUCGUGAUAUGUGGAUGGGUCCCAAUCGCAGGUGUGAGACUGGAUUUUUUUUUUUCUUUCUAAUGGCACAUACUGUUUCCCCUUCAUUUUUUGUGCAAUAUAUUUACUUGUAAAUGCAGACCAUCUACAUUUUUUUUUCUUUUUUGCAUUUUUGUAGCAAAAUGAUGGACAGGCAGACUUUUGCUCUGUCAACAUCAUUAUUUGUCAUGAUGCUGAAGUCAUUGAUGAAUAAAGAAAUCAGCUGGAACUGAUCGUAACUGAAUAUGGUCACAUGGUGUGCUUUUCUGUGGAGAAAAAAAACACA